CCCAUCCCCUUCUCCAACAACCCUCCCACCCCAUCCACUGCUUCACUCCACCUCUUCUCUCUUCUCAUCUGUGUCGCCUCUUUUUCUCUCUCUCUCUCUCUUCACUGUGUGUGAGCUGGUCAGUAUGGAGAGCAUGGGAUGCAUGUGGACCAUGGGGCUCGUCUGCCUGUCUCUGACCCUCGGGUGGACACAGGGACAGUCCACCAACAACUACUCCAGGCCCGUGUUCCACUGUGGGGGGACCCUGGAUGUAGACACUGGCUUCGUGGGCAGUGAGGGCUUCCCAGCCUUCUACAAACACAACAGCAAAUGCACCUGGUACAUCACUGUCCCGGAGGGGAACGUGGUCAUUCUCAGCUUUAGGAUCUUCGACCUGGAGGCCGACUCCCUCUGUCGCUAUGACUACCUGGACGUCUACAACGGCCACUCCAACAUGGUAGAGAAGCUUGGGCGCUUCUGCGGAACGUUCCGGCCUGGGACACUCAUGUCCACUUCCAAUACCAUGAUGCUGGAGAUGGUGUCCGACUCUGGGACUGGGGGGAGGGGAUUCCUGGGCUACUUUCAGGCAGGAAAACCCCAUGCUGAUGAUCAGCUUUGCGGGGGGAAAUACACCAAGUCUCAGGGGUCACUCCAAACCCCCAACUGGCCAGAGAAGCACUACCCACCUGGGGUCACCUGCUCCUGGCUCAUCACUGUGGAGCCUAACAUGGCCGUUGAGGUGAACUUUGAGAAGUUCACCAUUGAGGGAGACACUUACUGUCGCUUUGACUAUGUGGCACUUUACAAUGGAGGAGAGAGGGAGGACUCCCGACGCAUUGGCAGAUACUGUGGAGAGGUGCCCCCCAAGGAGAUAGUGAGUAAUGGUAAUGUCCUGCUGGUGCAGUUUGUGUCCGACACAAGCGUCACCUCCGACGGCUUCAUGGCCACCUACCGCAGUAUCCCCCUCGGCUCCAAGCCGCCCACCACAGGGGCUGAUGUCGUAACCGGACCCCGUGUGGAGUCUCAGCCCCGUGUACCUGUGGUCAGAACUGACCGACCCGUCAAACCCGAGAAAUCGGUACCUAGGAAGCCCACGGAGAAACCCACCACGACCACCACGACGGUGCGGCCUACCCCUAAGCCCAAACCAGUCAGGCCAGUCAGGCCGGUGAAGCCACAGCGCAGACCUGUGACCAAACCUGAGAAUAGCAAACCAACAAGAACCAGAGCUCCCCUUAACCCACUGUGUGCACAGCCAUGCAAAAGAGAUGAAACCAUCAAGGCCAGCUACUGUGCCAGUGAAUUUGCGAUCACUGCUAGACUGACAGCAAUUACGCCCAAGCCUGGCGGUGGGGUUCAGAUCACCGCGUCCCUCAUCAAGGCCUACAAGGCUGGCCGGCUGACAAUCACCCAGGCUGGAGUGGACAUGUCCAUCAAAAUGGUCUCAGUUUGCCAGAAAUGCCCCGUGCUACGCAGAGGUGGCAGCUACAUCCUGAUGGGCCAGGUGGAUGAGGAGGGACGCGGUACCCUGGCACCGGGCAGCUUCACUGCCGCCUACAAGGCUCCUCACCACAAGAUCCUGACCAACAUCAGCAAGCAGCCAUGCUAACGCGUCACAAGCCCUCCGACAGGCCCAACACAGCUCACCAACCCUGAGACAACACAAGCAGGUGUGUUUUGACUGAAGCAGGCUGGGGUAUGGAAAACAGAUCAUACAUUGAAGGAAAUGAAGUCAGAGACGCACACUCUCGUUUUAUCACAACAGGACUGGUAUUAGAAAAACAAAAGUACAAUAAUGAAAAAUACAGAUGAAGUGUGAAAAUGCCAAAAUUCUUAACUUGCAGCUGAGGUAUCGAUCCUCACUUUUUUACGAGGUGCUCACAGUACAAAGCAACAGCUUUAUAACUUCACAUAGUGAGACUAUAUUUUUUACUUACGUUUUAUACACGCAGACAUGUCACAUAUUAUAUUUCUGUGUAAAUUAUGAUGAUGUCUUUGAAUAAAAAAUAACUUUUAUAUAACACAA